AUGGCAGAAGCAUUUCAGGAUUGUGAUAACUGGACAAACAUUCUGUCUGAAGUUCAGAAAUCAUUAUUUACUGAAAACAAGCACGAAAUUGGUGCUAACGCCAGUUCCAGUGAUGAGAAUAUUGAGCGUGGCAACUGGUCCAGAAAAUCAGACUAUCUUCUUUCCAUGAUUGGUUAUGCAGUAGGACUAGGCAACGUCUGGAGAUUCCCUUACCUCGCUUUCAAGAAUGGAGGAGGUGCAUUUCUUAUCCCGUAUACAAUCAUGCUGGCAUUUGCUGGUCUUCCAUUAUUUUUCUUGGAGUGUUCAAUGGGGCAAUUUUCCAGCUUGGGUCCUAUUUCAGUGUGGAAUGUUGUUCCAAUCCUACAAGGAGUCGGGAUUUGUAUGGUAAUGAUUACAACACUGGUCUCAAUUUAUUAUAAUGUCAUUAUUGCCUACAGUCUAUACUAUCUGUUUGCAUCAUUCCAAAGUGUAUUACCCUGGUCUGACUGCUUUGGAUGGGCUGAUCAGAAAUGCAGUAAAACUACUCAAGGUUCAUGCAAUGUUUCCCUUUCUGAUAAUAAUAUUACAACACUGAAUUUAACUUGGGUAAAAGAAAACAAUUUAACCUGCCUAAAAAACAGCAUUAUCCUGAAGGAUGUGGAUUUACCAAGCAAGCAGUAUUGGGAGAGAGUGGCACUUCAGCGCUCUGGAGGACUUGAUGAAACUGGCAAUGUGGUGUGGUAUCUAGCGCUCUGUCUCCUUCUAGCUUGGAUCAUUGUUGGAGCUUCUCUUUUUAAAGGAAUUAAGUCUUCUGGAAAGGUCGUCUACUUUACGGCCAUAUUUCCUUAUGUGGUUCUCAUCAUCUUACUGGUCAGAGGGGCAACUUUACCAGGGGCAUUUCAGGGUAUUGAUUAUUACAUUGGAAUGCAAUCAAACUUUACCAAGCUAAAGGACGCAGAGGUUUGGAAAGAUGCUGCUACUCAGAUCUUUUAUUCACUUUCUACAGCCUGGGGUGGACUUAUAGCGCUGUCAUCUUAUAAUAAAUUCCACAAUAACUGCUAUUUAGAUGCUAUAGUGGUUUGUGUCGCUAACUGUCUCACAAGUGUGUUUGCUGGAUUUGCCAUUUUUUCAAUCCUUGGACAUAUGGCUUUUGUUUCAGAGAAAUCUGUCCCCGAUGUGGUAGAUUCAGGGUUCGGUUUGGCAUUUAUUGCCUAUCCAGAGGCAUUGUCACAGCUACCAGUAUCUCCUCUUUGGUCAUUCCUCUUUUUUAUUAUGCUUUUGACUUUGGGCCUGGAUUCUCAGUUUGCUAUGAUUGAAACAAUCACAACGUCAAUCCAAGAUGCAUUUCCACAGAUUAUGAAAGCAAAGAGGAUUCCCAUCACUAUUGGCUGCUGUGUGAUUUUAUUUUUUCUUGGUUUGGUGUGUGUUACUCAGGCUGGCAUCUACUGGGUAAACCUCAUUGAUUAUUUCUGUGGGGGAUGGGCACUCCUAAUAGCAGCAGUUCUGGAGUUGGCAGGAAUAAGCUGGAUUUAUGGUGCUAAUCGAUUCAUAAAAGACAUAGAAAUGAUGAUUGGUGAGAAGCACUGGAUUUUCUGGUUGUGGUGGAGGUUUUGUUGGUAUUUUGUAUCUCCUUUGCUAUUGGCAGCAAUCCUUUUGUGGUCUCUGAUUACGUUUGAAUCUCCAUCGUUUGGCACCAUUAAAUAUCCUCCAUGGGGAAUAGCGCUUGGUUGGUGUAUGAUUUGUUUCUGCAUUAUCUGGAUACCUGUUGUAGCUUUAUUAAGAAUUGUACAAGCUAAAGGCAAUGUGUUUCAAGCAUGUAAGGCGGCUCCCAACUGGGGACCUGCUCUACCUCAGCAUCGUGGGCAACGGUACCAACAUAUGCCAGAUUCUAAGAAAGAAAAGGAGGGUGAGGAGAUACCGACAGUCAGUGGUUUGACAGGAUAUGAAAAUGAUGCAUAUUUCGGCUCCAACCUUGAACAAUUCCACAAGACUCCUUACAGAUUAAAUUCAUACGCAGAUACAGAAAACCAAAUACCUCAUGUUUAUUCAGAUGUUGCACAAGUUUUCAACAAGAAAGAGGCGGAAACUUUACCACCUCAUAGGGAUUAUGAUUGCCCUAUAGAGUUGGUACCUGGGGCCACAGUUCCGUACGGGCACAUAUUCCCACUCUCAAAACCAGAACUGGACAAAUUGAAGGAGUAUAUCACUGAAAAUCUUAGGAAAGGGUUUAUUAGGCCCUCUACCUCUCCGGCAGGGGCAGGUAUCUUUUUUGUCAAAAACAAAGACAAAACUACAUACCCAUUGCCACUCAUCCCAGAGCUGAUUGAAAGGUUACACGGGUCCUCUAUAUACACCAAACUCGAUCUAAGAGGAGCUUAUAAUCUAAUCCGUGUACGCUCUGGUGAUGAGUGGCUGACUGCUUUCCGCACUAGAUAUGGGCUGUUCGAAUACACAGUGAUGCCUUUUGGGUUGUGUAAUGCCCCCGCCACUUUCCAAAGGUUCAUCAACGAUGUAUUUCGAAAUCUUUUGGACACAUUCCUAGUUAUCUAUUUAGAUGAUAUAUUAAUAUUUUCAUCUAAUAUAACAGACCACAUCAAACACUUUAAGACUGUUCUCUCGAGAUUACAGGCCCAUCAGCUAUACGUAAAGCCAGAAAAAUGUACCUUCCACUCAUCUGACAUAACCUUCCUAGGAUAUCACAUUUCAUCUAGGGGUAUAUACAUGGAACAAUCCAAAAUUCAAACUAUAUUAGACUGGCCCCUACUUAAAACCAGAAAACAAGUGCAGAAAUGUCUAGGUUUCUCUAAUUUCUACAGAAAGUUUAUCAAUAACUUUUCUGCAAUUGCUAAACCUCUAACUAACCUUACUAAAACAGAUUCCCCACUCAAAUGGAAUAGUGCAGCAGAAAAGGCUUUCACUUACCUAAAGAAGGCAUUCACUACUGCACCCAUACUAUCAUAUCCCAACCCUCAGCUCCAGUUUACUCUAGAAGUAGAUGCAUCAUUCUAUGCUAUUGGUGCAAUACUGUCCCAAAAAGACCCGUCCCCAAAUAUAUUGCAUCCAGUUGCAUAUUUUUCACGUGUAUUAACUCCUUCAGAAUUGAACUAUCAUGUCGGUGAGAAAGAGCUUUUAGCUAUGAAAAGUUCACUUGAAAACUGGAGAAAUUUACUUGAGGGUACCAAGGAACCGAUUAUCAUAUUCACAGACCAUCGUAAUCUUGAAUUUCUUAAAACAUCUCAUGUCCAUAGUGAUUGUCCUGUCAUUAAUGACCUCACCAACACUAUGUCAGAAACCUUCUCCUUAUUAACGGAGAAUAUAAAGAUAGCACAGCAAACACAAAAAAAAUAUUAUGACCUACGACACGGACCUCCACCCUCAUAUGCAGUUGGAGAUCUUGUUUGGCUGUCUAUGAAAAAUCUACGUCUCACUGUUCCUUGUAAAAAGUUUAACAAACUCUUCAUUGGUCCAUUCUCUAUAUCCAGAAUCAUUAAUGAAAAUGCAGUCACGCUUGUGCUCCCCCCGCAAUUCCGAAUCCAUCCCACCUUUCAUGUGGAUUUCUUCAAGACUUAUACAGCUCUCCGCAACCUCCAUUCCCCUUCCUCAGAGACCCUGCCGCUUACACCUGAUGUGGAGUAUGAGGUUGAGGCAAUUCUUGAUUAG